GCCAGGAUGGCUCCUCGAAUCUAGCCAGGCAGGCCAGAGCAGUGCCAGAGAUCCCUGCCCAAGUGAUGGUGGGACUGGGAUAGAGGAGCUGCCACGAGGAUGUCUGAAGCCAAGACCCUGAGCUCCUCUUGCCUCGUGCUUUCCUUGCUCUCCGUGCACUGGGCUUUGCUCCAGCUGGGCCAGGCUUUUCCCAGCACCUCUGACUACCUCCAGCGGGGCUGGCAGAGGCUGCUGGAGGAAGGGGAAGGCUGCGGGGAGUGCCAGCCGGAGGAGUGCCCGGCGCCGCGCGGGUGCCUGGCUGGCACAGUGCGGGACGCCUGUGACUGCUGCUGGGAGUGUGCCAACCUGGAGGGACAGAUCUGCGACCUGGACAACACCAACCACUUCUACGGCAAGUGCGGGGAGCACCUGGAGUGCCGGCUGGACCCUGGCGACCUACAGCACGGAGAGGUGCCCGAGCCCCAGUGUGCCUCCCACCUGGCCCUCUGUGGCUCCGACGGCAAAACCUAUGCCCAGAUCUGCAGGUUCCUGGAGGUCACCCGUGCCCACCCCGACGCCAACCUCACCGUGGCCCACGAGGGUCCCUGCGAGUCAGAGCCCCAGAUCACCUCUCCUCCCUACGACACAUGGAACAUCACUGGACAGGAUGUCAUCUUUGGCUGCGAGGUCUUUGCCUACCCCAUGGCAUCCAUUGAGUGGAGGAAGGACGGCACGGAGAUGCUGCUGCCUGGAGAUGACCCCCACAUCUCUGUCCAGUUCAGAGGCGGCCCCCAGAAAUACGAAGUGACGGGCUGGCUCCAGAUCCAGGGUGUGCGGGUGACGGAUGAAGGCAUUUACCGCUGCUUCGCCAGGAACAGGGUUGGGGAGGUGGUGGCGUUAGCCAGUCUGACUGUCUUCACACCAGACCAGCUCAACCUGACGGGCUUUUCCCUGCCGAAGCCCAGCACAACGCCUGAGGACUACGGGGAGAGCGAGGAGGACUAUUACUAG